AUGAUGAGUAAUCAGAGGAGUGAGUCUCUCAACUCAAGGCUUCAUGUGCACCUGAACAGGAAGAUGCAGCUUGUUGAUUUGUUGCAGCAUGUUGAGCACUGUGUAUCCAUAAUGCCUAAGAAUGAAGCAGCAUUAGACGCAGUAGCAACACAUACGAUACCCUUCACUAAGCUGAAUGCACACCCUCUGGAGAUUGCUGCCUCUUAUAUUUAUACAACUGUGAUGUUUCCAAAGGUAAAGCGUCAGAUUGUCGAAGGGGCAAAUUGGCAGGUCACGGACCGGGUAGCAUGUGAUGGUUUGGUCGUGUUUGGAGUUUUGCGCAAAACCCCAUAUGAUAAAGUCCCAUAUGGUAGGGAUGCUACAGAAUUGCAAGGUAAGGAAGGUAAGGAUGCUGAGGACUUGCAUGCAAAAAAAUUGGAUGCUGAGGAUCCCAAUGACUUGGAAGGUAAGGAUGCUGAGGACUUGCAUGCAAAAAACUUGGAUGCUGAGGAUCCCAACGAGACUUGGAAGGAACAAAUCGGGGAAAUCAAAGGUCACAAGGAGGAAGAAGCGAAAAGAGAAAGACUCAGAGAAAAAUCAGGGAAAUCAAAUAGCACAAGGAGGAAGAAGCAAAAAGAAGAGACAGAGUCAGAUACAGAAGAAGAGACAGAGGCAGAUACAGAAGAAGAGACAGAGGCAGAUACAGAAGAAGAGGAAGAUUCAGGUACAAAAGAAAAGGAAGAUUCAGAUGCAGAAGAAGAGGGAGAUUCAGAUGCAGAAGAAGAGGGAGAUUCAGAUGCGGAAGAAGAGGAAGAUUCAGAUGCAGAAGAAGAGGGAGAUUCAGAUGCAGAAGAAGAGGGAGAUUCAGAUGCGGAAGAAGAGGAAGAUUCAGAUGUAGAAGAUGGUGGGCUGAGGAGGACUAGGAAGAGACCAUUGGAGGUUGCAGAAGAGGAUUACGCAAAACCAAACAAGUGGGCAUCAACACAAUUAAAACGCAAGGGCGCUCCAAAUGUCAAUGCUGGGAGGAAGAAAAAGAACGAUGACACGGGUGCGCGAGGAAAACCAGUGAAGUUAGUGUCUGAAAGCUAUCGUGAAGUAGAGACAGGAUGUUUAGAUGCACAGGGUCAAGCAGAGAAAACAAAAGGAUUUCUGGGGUCGAAAAAUUGA